UUCUGGGAAAUCAUCUCCGAGGAACACGGAAUCGAUAACACCGGUAUCUACCAUGGAGAAUCGGAUUUGCAGCUGGAGCGCGUCAGUGUUUACUACAAUGAAGCCUCAGCCGUGUCUCGUUCGUCAGGAGGCAAGUAUGUACCACGUGCCGUUCUGUUGGAUCUGGAACCCGGUACUAUGGAGGCGGUCCGUUCCGGGCCGUACGGAAAGCUGUUCCGUCCCGAUAACUUCGUUUUCGGACAGUCCGGUGCCGGCAACAACUGGGCCAAGGGUCACUACACCGAGGGUGCCGAGCUGGUCGAUGCGGUGCUAGAUGUGGUGCGCAAGGAGUCCGAGAACUGUGACUGUUUGCAGGGAUUCCAAUUGACCCACUCGCUUGGAGGUGGUACUGGAUCCGGUAUGGGAACGCUGCUGAUUUCGAAGAUCCGUGAGGAAUAUCCUGAUAGAAUCAUGAACACUUACUCGGUUGUGCCUUCGCCUAAGGUGUCGGAUACAGUUGUGGAACCUUACAACGCUACGCUGUCGAUUCAUCAGCUGGUGGAAAACACCGAUGAGACCUACUGUAUCGACAACGAAGCCCUGUACGAUAUCUGCUUCCGUACCUUGAAGGUGCCGAACCCAAGCUACGGCGAUCUGAACCAUCUGGUCUCGUUGACCAUGUCCGGUGUGACCACUUGUCUACGUUUCCCUGGACAAUUGAAUGCCGAUCUGCGCAAGUUGGCCGUCAACAUGGUUCCAUUCCCACGUCUGCACUUCUUCAUGCCCGGAUUUGCUCCGUUGACUUCUCGUGGAUCGCAACAGUACCGCGCCCUGACAGUCCCAGAACUGACCCAGCAGAUGUUCGAUGCUAAGAACAUGAUGGCAGCCUGUGAUCCACGUCAUGGACGUUACCUGACUGUUGCCGCCGUAUUCCGAGGCCGCAUGUCGAUGAAGGAAGUCGACGAACAGAUGCUGGCCGUUCAGAACAAGAACAGCAGCUACUUCGUCGAAUGGAUCCCUAACAACGUCAAGACUGCCGUCUGUGAUAUUCCUCCAAAGGGUCUGAAGAUGUCCUCCACCUUCAUCGGAAACACCACUGCCAUCCAGGAACUGUUCAAGCGUAUCUCCGAGCAGUUCUCCGCUAUGUUCCGCCGAAAGGCUUUCUUGCAUUGGUACACUGGCGAAGGUAUGGAUGAGAUGGAAUUCACCGAAGCUGAGAGCAACAUGAACGAUCUGGUGUCCGAAUAUCAGCAGUACCAGGAAGCGACGGCCGAUGACGAAUUCGAACAGGAAGAAGUCGCUGACGAAAUGGAAGGCGAAUGCGUCUAAACCACGGAUGCUCCAAAUCGAACGCUGGUUGUCGAGAAGCAUUUUACUAUUUAUUAUUUUAGUUAGAACAAAUCGAAUGCCGAUGUUUUAUUAGAAAACAAGCCGAAGAAAUAGUCUCAACAGGAAGUUAACUGCAUCCCUUUAACAACAUUUACCACACAGUCAGAUCUCAACACCCCUACUAAUUGAAUGAUAUCUUUCGGAAUACAAUGCUUAUCAAAAACAUUUCUAAAACAGUAAAUUCACCUUUUCUCUUAAACUACAAUCAUCAAAUGAAGAAAAACUAACUAUAGUUGUGUAAGAAUAGAAUCUGCGAGAACGAGUGUGAGAUUUAGUGUUAACAUUUAAAUUUUGGGCCCAAGUCGCAGUAUUUUUACGAGCCUAGACCCGGUUUUUUCUACACCGAAACAACGAAAAACUCUGUAUUGGACCUGCAGGAAAAAUGCAACCACUUUGAAGCAAUAUUUCUAAGGGAAAGAAAUACCUCUUACAAAGCUGACUCACGAGCGCCUUUUUCCUUCUACACAAGUUCCAACCUGUAAAACUCGAAGAAGUCGUGAACAGGUCAAGGAAAAAUACUGUUCUUUAGGCCCAACAUAUUAUAAAGAGUCUAAGCAGAAGAGAGGAACUCAACUUAUAUAAGAGCUGCCAAUUGAUGAAGGUUCUGAUAGUGGAUAGAUGGAAAAGUACGUUAAUUACUCACUCAUUUAGCAAUAUACCCAAAGAUUUGAACGAAACAAAACACGUUUGGCCCCAUUGGAGUAUUUAAAGAAUAAAAUCGGUUUCAAAAUUAGCCAACCGAAACAGUGCAUAAGUAGUGUAUCUUUUGUAUCUAUAACUUUAGAGGCAAUGAUGUGUUGCAAUACAAAAAUUUUUGCAGGAAAACAAAUCUAUCGUUUUGAAACGUAUCGCUUUCUGUCUUCUGAUAUUUAUUGCAAAACGUUUGAUUAUUUAAAGAAGGUAUACCUUUAGAGACGUGACGAUACGCGUACCAGUGAUCAAUCGAGAAGCAAAAACAGGGAUCCGAUUGUUUUGUGUUAGAGCUGGCUGAAAUCGUUGAAUCAUCUUCCUUUAAAUCGUAAGUUAGCGAUACACAACGUAAGCAAAUUACCUACUACCUACUAAUAACUUUGACAGUGGACCAAACAAGAAAUAUCAGAAAUCAGAGAGACCAGACUAGAACGUUAAGACCAAAAUGAGAAACGAUAAACAUGUAUUUUGUAUUUAUUUGUAA